AUGGACUCCCUUGUGUUUGAUGUUUUUAUUGCGGCGGACAAUGAGAAUGAUGAUUCGGUGAAAGUAGAUUUGAUCAAUGCACUCGUCAGCUGGUUCAGAUUUCGCAUAAUCGUGUUGCAGAGUAGAACGGCACGCACGGGCUGUUUACUUUUACCGCUAUCGCCAUUACUCCAUUCAUUUAUCAUGAGUAAUGAAGUUAGACCCACUUUCCCCGUUUACAUUGACCCCGUCAGAAAAAUUCCAAUACCUCACUAUUUCCACCCUAAAGAUUACAAUAAUAAUCGUCUCCUCUACCCCAAGAAUGAAGUUAACACGUCGAGCCACCUGGCAAGGGGGAAAAAAGCAAAAUGGAACGAUACGGACACAGGAAUCUUUCUCGAUUAUCUGGAAGUGAAUUGUGAUCAGUGGUUGUUUUACAAAGUCGGGUUCUACAAUUUCCUCCAUCAAACCAGUCUCAAGAAUAAAACCCCUAGUCAGAUGCAAAGGCAGAUAUUCACCCUCCUUAGGAAGUAUCGAAGAUGCAAAGCCGGUGGAAAAGAAGGGUUCGAGUGGUACGAGAGGAUGCACAAGAUUUUCAAAGAUCGCAAAGAGCCUCAAUUUCAAGAGAUCACUUCCGACACGGAAGAUGAUCAACCAAAACGCAAGGAAAAGAGGCGUAGGGAAGAAGAAUCCGAUGUUGAUUCAUCGCAGAGCGACGAGGAAUCCACACAAAAGAACAAAAAAAUUUCUAGUACCAUGAGAUGGUCCUGCGAAGAAAUGUGCGUCUUGUUGGAUUUCAUCAUUGAGAACAUCGAUGCGUUCGUUGAAAACUACAAUUUAUUCUGGUCGUGGAUGUCUCACAAUGUGCUUCUGGGGAGAACACCUGCACAGAUAAGAAGGAGGUACUUCAUUCUCAGUCCAACAUGCAAGUAUGGAAUGAAUUUGGAGAAGACGAAGGUGUCCGACGAUCUGGUUGCAAAACGAGAUCGUUGUUUCGACUUACUGAGAGAAAAGAAUAUCAGGAAGGAUAAGAAGAAAGGAAAGAACAAAUGCCUGAAACCCGUUACAUUCAAGUUCCCGAAAGAGCACGAGGGGUACAUGCCAUCGGACAAAAAAAUUCAAGAAUUGAUUGAGAUGGAUGCAACCAAUACAAAAGCAGUCAAACCUCGGUACGUUGACGUUCGCCAAAAUAUUUCCGAUAUCCUGCACGCGAAUCACCUGUUGAAAUAUAGUCUUGGCGAGGAUGCUCAAUUGUUGAGAAAAUGUCUUGGAAAUUCAGGCAAAACACGUUGGCCGGAAAGACUGCGAGACAUUGAAAUCGAAUGGGCGGGCGAUCUUAAUGAAGAAGAGCUUGAUGUGAUCGAUAGCAAUGGGUCAAAUGUCACAUCUGCAUUAUAUUCCGAGGAUGAAGACUGCGAAUCUCAACGAACAAUCGAAGGUGAUCACCAACCGUCGUUAAUAACCAAUUCUAAGGAGAAAAGUGAGGCCAUGAUGAAUCACGAGAUUGGAUUGAUUGUGAAUGUGGUGAACGAGCGAGGAUUGGAAGAUGGGAGCAAUGAGAACAUUAUAGGCGAAGAGCAGAAACAUCGAAUAGCCGAUUCGAUCAAGUCUUCUCUAAGGCAGACAUUAGAUGCGGUCGGACUUUUGCGUCCCCCAAAUGCCGAAAUGGGUACCGGCGAUUUUUCAAAUUCGGACGCUGGGGUAAUCAAGUGGGAUACUAUUUUGCGUGCAGCAUCCUUGGCGAGAUUGCCGCCCGGGUAA